GCACGGGCCUGGACGCUGAAGCUUCUGGACCACAAGAAGGAAGCACGGCCUGCGCAGGGGCAUGCAUUCGAACAUACACGGCAACUGAAGCACAAGAGCGAGCGAGGCCCAAGAUAAGGGAGGAAUGAUGCAUUGCCAGCUUCGGGUUCAGUGUCCAUCGCAGACGAAACAAGGCUCGUGGAUUUGAGUGAUCGAUACCGCGCGAGGGUCGUCUUGCCGGACUGCGCGAGGGACAGAAGCGAGUAGACAGGCAGCCAUGGCAAUGCAUGUUAUGGUUGCGCACGGUACAGUGGUUUCUUUGUCACCUUUGGCGCUGUCGGGAGGCUCAUUUGCCGAGAGCAGGAGGGUGCUCGCAGCAGUGGCCGGUUGUGGUGUGACUAGGGGUGAUUUGCAUGGAUCGUUGCAACAUGUAGCAGCAGAAUCGCGCGCAGGACUGUCGACGAGGAGACAGAGCAGGGGAAUUCGUACCAGGGCCGAGCAAACAGGUGGGGGAGAUGGCUCCGCCGCCACAACCGUGAUAGAUGGGGCUCUUGUCCAAGUCGAAGGAGGAAUCACAGAGGUUGACAAAGAUACUUUCUGGCCGCUGGUUAAGUCUGCGGGAGAGAAAGUCGUGGUGUUGGACAUGUACACUCAGUGGUGCGGGCCUUGUAAGCUGAUGCUCCCCAAACUCCAGGCCCUCGCUGCAACCAUGGAUGAUGUCAUUUUCUGCAAGCUCGACUGCAAUCAAGAUAACAAGCCCUUGGCCAAGGAGCUGGGAAUCAAAGUUGUUCCCACUUUUAAGAUUUUCAAAUCUGACACAUUGGUGGGCAGCGUCUCCGGGGCCAAAUACGAUGACCUAGUCAAGGCAAUUGAAAGUGCUCGUUCUGGUCAAUAAUAUGUAUGAAUGGUCGUGAUGACAUUUUUGUGGAUUAUGUACAGAGUAAUAUAAAUGAUUCUUUCCUG